AAUCGCCACAUCAGACUGAGGCUAACCUAAGUGCUUUGCCCUCUUGCCACUCUUUAACUCUGGCAACACGCGCGCACCCAGAAGGGGAAUCUGUGUGCAGAAAUGACCGACGAAUGGCAGGCCAAGGUUCAGAAGUUGCGGCAGAUUGUGACGGAAAAGGGUCACCAGGCCGGUGGAGGGUGGGACCACGCCUGGCAGACGAGCCUCACGCCCUGGGACCGCGGCCAGGGCCCUCAGCCGGCGCUCACGUCGUCGUACGAACGAGAUGCGAGGACAAAGAAUCUGCUGCCGCAGUCUGCAGGCGGUAAUGCGCUCGUGCCCGGCUGCGGGAGGGGAGUCGAUGUCGAGUAUCUCGCCAGCCGGGGUUUCGACAAGGCCGUCGGCGUCGACCUGGUGCAGGGAGCCAUUGACAAGGCUCACAAUUGGCUGGCCUCUCUUCCGAGGCAGCCGUGGCACGAUCGCAUCUCCUUCGUCGCUCUCGACUAUCUGAGCGUCGGGCAAGAUGAUGAAUCAAAGCUCGACCUGACCGCCAAGUCUCUCUUCGGAUCCUUUGACCUCGUCUAUGACUACACCUUCUUUUCUGCUUUGCCGCCUGCCUUGCGACCCAAGGUGGCCGCAUCGCAUGCCAAGGUUACCAAGCGCGGGGGGAAGCUCUUCACUGUCGUCUAUCGUCUAAAGGUGGAUGGCGACGGCUAUGACGGUUCGGGCCCUCCUUUCAAGGUCACCCCGCAAGACUAUCAUGACGUCCUCGACGCUUAUUUCGAUCUCGAAUUUCACGGCAAGCCCCUGGAGCAUGCUCCGGGACACGAGGGCAUCGAGGAGAUCAUGAUCUGGAAGAGGAAGGAGGUUGAAUGAACCGAGCAAAGAGCAGUCUGGACCAUACUCCCGUUUUGUUAGUCACGAGACACGAUGGAAAUACAUGUUGGAUGCUAUUUAUGGCAUUUAUAAUCUCG